GUUUUUGUUAAAAUAAUUGUGAAUAUUUUAAUUGAAAUGAAAAUUAAUUAAUUCUAUGAGAAAUAAAAAGAAAAUUGUGUGAAAAUGUUAAGCAAGCGAUUGCUUAAAGUGUCAGCUAAUAGAGUGUUAAGAAAAUAUAGUGAUUCAGUUAAUCAAAAGCCUAAAAAGGUAUUUUCGGGAAUACAGCCAACUGGGAAUCUUCAUAUUGGCAAUUACUUUGGAGCUAUCAAGAAAUGGAUUGAGUUGCAAGACAGUGAAUAUGAUGUCACUUACUGUAUCGUUGAUUUACAUGCUAUAACUUUGCCGCAAAAACCAAAACAGCUGACUGAAAACACUUUAAAGCUAUGCGCUAAUCUAUUAGCUUGCGGAAUCAAUCCUGAAAAGGCAACUUUAUUUUUACAAUCGGAAGUUAAGGAACAUUCUGAAUUAUGCUGGAUAUUAAGCUGCAUAACGACUAUGGCACGAUUAACUCACUUGCCACAAUUCAAGGAUAAAUCAGCGAAACUGAAAGAGAUUCCUUUAGGUCUUUAUCUUUAUCCAAUUCUUCAAGCUGCUGACAUUAUGCUUUAUAAGACAAAUUUCGUUCCUGUCGGUGAAGAUCAAAUCCAGCAUAUUCAACUAGCUCAACAUUUAACUAAGAAUUUCAAUAACCGUUUUGGAUAUACUUUCCCAACAUGUCAGCCAAUGAUUUCUGAGGAUCUCAGCUGUAGAAUAAAGUCACUUCGUGAUGCGACCAAAAAAAUGUCAAAAUCAGAUCCUGAUCCAAAAAGUUGCGUGAUGAUUGAAGACACGCCUGAUCAAAUGACUACGAAAGUGAAGAAAGCUCUGACUGAUUUCAUUUCUCAAGUUACAUUUGAUCCAGUAAACCGACCAAGUGUCGCAAACUUAUUAACAAUACACUCAUUAACCAGCAACAAAAGUAUCGAGACAAUUUGUGAAGAAGUUAAGCAUUUGGACACUGGACAAUACAAAUUUGUGGUUGCUGAUGCGUUAGUUGAGCAUUUCAAUCCAAUUAGAUUGAAAGUUGAAGAUUAUCUCAAGAAUCCUGAUUAUCUUCAGAGUAUUUUAGAAAAAGGAAAUGAUAAGGCUAGAGAAGUAGCUGAAAAGACGAUAGACGAAGUCAAAGCGAAAGUCGGGUGGGGAUUGAAGGCACUCUCAGUUUUGAUAACUGUAAAAAUCAAAAUUAUUCUUCUUGUGCUGUUCAUCGGUGGUGGAAUCUUUUAUGGAUUGAAAGUAUGGCAAGGCUCAGCUCUCGGAUGCCCAGAACCUAUUAUUUCUGAAAUUAAGCAUCAUGAUAUUCAUGACAUUCUUCCAUACCAUGGACAACUUUCGCCUGAUAUAAGCUAUUCAGCACCACCGCCAGAUGCAUAUUCUGGAUACUCGGGUUAUUCAGGCUAUGAUAGCAGUGUUUAUUCUAAUACACCAGCAAGUUUCUCGGGUGGACCACCAUCAAGCUUUUCAAGUGGAUCACAAUCAAGCUUUUCAGGUGGACCACCAUCAGGACCACAAUCACUUUCUUCUAUAAUUUCUUCAGGAUCAGGGAGUAGUGAUGGUCCAACUAAUUCAUAUUUACCUCCAAAUAGAAGAAAUGUAUAUACCGGCAGAGCAAUUAAUGACACACCAGCUGCCAUGUUAAGUGACUUAAUGUUCCGUUUUCUGGGAGUAAAAUCUGAAUCCUGUAAACGACGAUUCAUCUGUGAAUUAGACUUUAGAAAUCCAUUCAUGUCUUAUGCAUUAAACUAUAUCGGCAACGACGUAUUCAAGCACUACCGAUUAGACAAAGAGAGUUCAAAGUAUCCAAAGAAAUUCGCAGAUUGCGAGAAACUUUAUUCCGAUUGCGAGAUUCCAAAAGAAGGAUAUUCUACCAAAAAACGAAGACGAUUCUAUAGAAAAAGAAAUCAAACUGCAUCGGAAGAGGAGAUAACUGUUAAUCCUACGAUCGAAACUACUGAUUUAGUAACAAAAUAUGUUAAGGAUCAAGAAAAGUAA